CCGCCGCCGCCGCGCUCCCCGAGUCCAGUUCCCACUCCGCCGUCGCCUGGGCCCCGCCCGCUCCCAGUCCAGCUUGUCGCGGGACAAACAGACAGCGGGGCAACACGGGCCUCCUAAGCAGCGGCCAGCGCCAGGGUGGAGACCUGGCCAGAAGCCCCACCCCACUCCACCCCGCCUCCUGCGGACGUCGUUCCGGAGGGCUUCUCGGAGGCGGCGGCCUUGAUCGGGCCUGCCAGGGGGCGGGAGGGGAGGCCUACAGCCCCGGCCAUCGGUGAAGCCCAGAAAACAGUUUGUCAAAGCACCCUCCAGCUGCUGCCUGGCGCACCUGCUCCUCUGCCUGGGACUUCCAUGUUGCACUCUCCAGACAGAUAGGAAUAACAUCUGCCUGCCCAGCUGGCUCCUGGCCAUGAGAACUGACAUGGAGAAGCACGCGGCCCUGGUGACUGCUGGCCCUUGUGCCCAUUGCGUGCUGUCUGUGCUCGUGCUGUGAGAGUGACUCUCCCUGUGCCCACAAGGCCCUGCCAGUGCCUACAUCUUUGACUUGUGGCCUCCAGACCUGGGAGAGAAUCCAUGGAUGCUGCUUUAAGGACCCCAGGGGGCAUUUCCAGAAAGGAAGCAGCAGGUGGCGCCUGUGCUCCGUGGGGUGUCUGGGGUCCUGAGUCCACGGGCCUCCCCGGGAAAGCCCCCUCGCUCUCUCCCUGCUCAGUGUCCCCUUGCAGGCGACAGGUGGACAGGAAAGACUAACCAAGCUUGUGCGACAUGUCACCAGUGGCUCCCGAGCAGCCAGGAGCUGCCCCCGGCUGGACUCGUCUCACCUGGGGCUCUGUACACUUUCCCUAGUGUCUUGGUGGCUCCCUGGCGAUGGCGGCCAUCCUGUUGCCCACGAGGUCCAAGGUUUUCUUGCCGUCGCCUCCUCCUGGGACCUGGGGAGCAGAAUCCCCCUGCCAUCACUGGAUGACUGGAUGUGGCUUCUCUUAGGUACCGGUAUCUUUUGAGGACGUGUCUGUGUACUUCACAAAGACAGAAUGGAAGCUUCUAGACCUCAGCCAGAGGCUGCUGUACAAGCGGGUGAUGCUGGAGAACUACAGUCAUCUGGUGUCACUGGGAUUUGCCUUCUGCAAGCCUCACGUAGUGUCCCAGCUGGAGCGAGGAAAGGGGCCCUGGGUGUCAGACUUCCCCCGGCUGGGGGACCCCGCAGGACUGCGUGCAGGUGACAGGGGAACCAACAAGAUGCCGAAGGCAGGGCAGGAACAUUCUGGAAGAGAACUCCCCAUAACAGACCUUCCAGCUGGCAAGGAGAGUCACGCCUUGGGGACAGCAGCCCAAAGAGGCCCUCAGGGCUUAGGGCAGAACCUGGCCCCGAGGCCACAGCUGCCCAAGGGCGCCGAGAAGCGCUACCCGUGCCAGCAGUGCGGGAAGUCUUUCAGCCGCAGCUCCAACCUCAUCAAGCACCGGGUCGUCCACAGCGGCGAGAAGCCCUACGCGUGCCCGGACUGCGGCAGGCUGUUCCAGCGCAGCCUCGCGCUGCUGGAGCACACGCGCGUGCACAGCGGCGAGAAGCCGUUCGCGUGCCCGGACUGCGGCAAGACGUUCACGCGCAGCUCCAACCUCAUCAAGCACCAGGUGAUCCACAGCGGCGAGAAGCCGUUCGCGUGCCCCGAGUGCGGCAAGCUGUUCCGGCGCAGCUUCGCGCUGCUGGAGCACGCGCGGGUGCACAGCGGCGAGCGGCCCUACGCGUGCCCCGAGUGCGGCAAGGCCUUCCGCCGCAGCUCCAACCUCAUCGAGCACCAGCGCACGCACAGCGGCCGCAAGCCCUACGCCUGCCGCCAGUGCGACAAGGCUUUCAAGGGCGUGUCGCAGCUCAUCCACCACCAGCGCAGCCACAGCGGCGGCAGGCCCUUCGCGUGCGUCCAGUGUGGCAAGGCCUUCCGCGGCCGCUCGGGCCUCAGCCAGCACCGGCGGACGCACAGCGGCGAGAAGCCCUACGAGUGCAGCGAGUGCGGCAAGGCGUUUGGCCGCCGGGCCAACCUCUUCAAGCACCAGGCAGUGCACAGCGGCCCAGCUCGUGGCCAGGCCUCAGCGGCCGCCGGCACUACAAACAGCCACGCACGCGUGAGCCCUGCGGCUCGGCCCCCGCGGCCUCGGCGCAGCUGAACCGCGGCGGCGCACCCCUGGAGGCGGCGACAAGCCUGCGCGGGUGGCCCCCGGCGCCCUGCUGCCGCGAGGGCUAGUCGCUGCCCGGCCGCCACCAGCAAAGCUCAGGGUCCCGCCUUGAGGCCCAGAAACUGGGCAACGACCCAAAACGUGAGCAAGACCCCGUGCGCCCGGGGCAGGCACCGCUGUGCGGCACAGGUGAGCAUGCAGUAGGGGCCGUGCCAGCAGAGCUGGGUCCAGGCGCUGCCCAGUGCUCAGGGCCCUCAGGGGCAGAACUGCCUGCUGGCCCGGGGCAGGGAGCUGCAGGAGCUCAGGCCCACUGGGUUCCUUGGAGUUGAGAAAUGGCCUCACCCUACAAAGCGCUGGGGUUUCCCAGGAUUUGCCACUAAAAGCACUUUAAUCCUUUCAGAGGUUAUAAAUGCAGAGGGCUGGGAACUUUAGCUGCUGCAGAACUUCUAGGUGAUGGGGUCCUCCCGACCCCGGGCAGGCUCGGCACAGGGGUGUGCUCUGACUUGCGGUGGUUGUGGGCAACAGCUGGCUCAGGAGACUGGCUCCUGGGCUCUGGAAGCUUCUCUUGAGGAGAGGAGCCCUUUGCCAGCGGUCCCUCACGGUGCUGGUUUCGCUGUCCCCCCUGCUCAACAUGCCCCCAACUCGCCCACUGCAACCUUCCGAACCCCAGACCCCACCAGCAGAGGCCAGCCUGCCCCCCCCACCCCACCAGUGCCUUCCUUGUGGCUGGUGACAGGAGGAGAGCAAGACGGGUUAGGAAUUUGCACUAAGCAGGCCCCGAAAGCAAAUCGUGCAUGGCCAUUUUUGGCAUGUCGGAAGGGUUGGCCUGCUUUGAGUGUUUUUGUAUUCAGGGCUGAUAAUGUAUGUUGGAAGCAGAUUUUUUGCAUAUGAGACUGUCAGGGAGUCACUCCUUAAAUGAAAAGCUGCCCCCAACCCUCUGAGAAGACCUCAGGAGGAAGGGAGCAGCCCCAGGGCGGGCCCUUCAAAUGGCACUUUACUGCAAGCUGUAGCCCGAGGAGACCUGCUGGCAGGUCCCGGCCUGUCCCCGAGCCCCAUGCUCUCCCCAGAGUCCUGGCCCUGAGCGUUGGGUGAGCUGCCCGGUUCCUUUCAGCCCUCUGCACUCCCAGGGGAAGGGGCUCUGUCAUACAGAGAGGGCCCCAAAGGCAGGCGGGGCGAGGGGUGGCAGGGGGCACCCCUGAGAUCUCCCAAGAGGAGCUUACACUCUGUCUCAGGACACUGCUCAGAGCUCCGAUCACUAAGACAACUCCAGAAAUUUUAGACACACACACACACACACACACACACACACACAUUUUUACCUAAAUUAUCUUAUGGAAAGUUCUAGAGCUUUUGUCUUUUUCAGUGCACCCCUGCCCCUUUAUUCUAGGAUUGCCUUCUUGUCUGUUGUGUUCAGCCUUGCAUCCUGAACCCUGGCUGCAGACCGUGGUCUCCAAGGCCUUACCAUGAGGCAAUCCAGAGUAUCUGCAACUUUGGGUUUUCCGUGGGAAAAAUCUUUGAAGUCCCGGGUGAGGUGACUGGGCAAUUGGGGUUUGUCUGAGACACAGACCGUCAGGGCCAGGGCUAGCAGGGAUGCAGGAAGUACUCUGGUAGGUGACGGCCUGGGUUCCUCCAAGUCAGAAAGUCACCAAAUCUUAUUAGGUCGUGGCUCACGGCCGUUGGUUGUCCUGUAUAAGCUAGCUUUGUUUCCAGGAAGUGCCUUUUUUCACCUCAGAAAGCACCCCGCCCCCAGCGCUUCCCGAGGUGAAUGACAUUGGAAAUGCCAGCGCAUCUUUUUGUUUGCCGGCUCUGGCUUGGCCUCGUUUAGCUGCUCUUAAUGAGGCUCGUGCCGCAGGGUAGCUACAGGUGGCAUUUUGUUGGUCCUUUGAAACUCUGCACACUUGUCAAGAGCUGGAGCAGUCUCUCCGUGCAACUGGUAAACCGGCCUGCCGAAGUCAUUAUUUAAACUGAGCAGAUAGGCAGCUGGGACCAGGAAGGGCGGCUAGGCUGCUCCUGCAUGUUCCUGAACCAAGUGCACAUCAGUCUCCUGAGAAACACAGGCUAACUUCCAGUUGUUUCUUGAGAGACUGAUUUCAGGCGAGACAGCAGCAUCCACACUGGCCACCGUGGGUACAGGGCGGAAGGCAGCAUUCCAGACCGGAAGUGGAGGUUGAGGGACUUCUUGCAGUGACGGGGCCAUGGACAAGUUUGAGUUGGGACAGCCUGGGGAAGAAGGGAGGGCGUGGCGUGUUCAUUCCAGGUCAAGAGGUCAAUGAAAACUGCAGUGUGGAGAGCCUGGGGUGUAACCCGCCAAAGAUCUGGAACCCAACAACUCUGAAACGUGAAAGAUCCUAACAGUGAGGACAGAAAGUUAAUGUGAAUGAUAAUUGCUGUAGCAUUUGAGUGUGCACAUUCAGGUCCACCCGUUUUGUGCACUGUAGACAUCUAGAUGGUUCUGAUGCCCCUGAGGUGGCGAUGUGUGUGCCCACAGUACACAAUGACACAGUGUGAGAGGGGAUGGCUUUGACGCCAGGGGCCCCAACAUUCCUCAGGAGUACCCUAGCCAUGCUUUUGGUACCUGCCCUAAUGUGUGUCUCUGACAUCACCAAACGGGCCCUCCAGGAUUCCUGGACAGCUUCUCUGAAGGUUCAAGGCCUUGGACCCUCAAGGGGGUACAGUGUCUCCUUUUGUACUCAAGAAGCCCCACAGUUAGUCCUUCUCCAGCACCUGGGAACAUUCAGGCAGAAAACUAAGGCUGUCCGAAGAUUUGAGGUGACUGGAUUUUUGUUUAUCUUCUGUUAACAGCUCUAUGUAGGUACAAAAGGUACAUGAUAAAUUCCACAUCUUUCACGUGUACAAUUGCAUGAGCUUUGCCACGUGUGUAUACCUGUGAAACAACCCACCCAAUCAAGAUGGAAAACA